CAGAGACAAGUGUUAACCAGAGUAAUGUGGCCACUUCUUCCCAUGAAACAAUGGAGAUAAGCACUGUUUCUGAGACCAACGGAAAGAAUCUUGGGAAGGAGGCCAAAGCUCCAACGCCAGCUGCUAAAUCUCGUUUUUUCUUCACACUCUCGCGGCCUGUACCAGGACGUACUGAAGACCAAGGCACAGAUUCAUCAGUUGGAUCAGUGAGCCUGGAUGUCAGCUCUGAAAAACCCCCAGUGAACAAAGCAUCAAGUGAGAACAUGAAACUUCCGGCAACAGCUGCACUGGAAGAAGAUUCAGAUAAAACCCAAGGCCAGGUCCCAGCUGAAGCAUCCCUUAGCACUACUGAACAACCAGCAUCGCCUCCACCUGAGGCAGAGGGUGCAGCCCCUGUCAAGCCCAAGGAACCCAGCUUUUUUGACAAAUUCUUCAAACUGGACAAGAAAAAAGAAAACAUACCUGUUCCCAUUGGAAUCCAAGAGGGAACUGAGAAUACAGAGAACCAACACCUGGACAGAGAGACUCCUGGAUUAUCGAGCCAGUCGAACAAUGUCCCAGAGGAGAAGGACAUAGUUGACAGCAAGGAAAAGGGUGGACAGGAAAACCCAGUUGCUGUCAAUUCCUCAGCCCCUGAAGAUACAGAGAAACCUGAGACUGUGCAAGAGAACCCCCAGACUGUAAAUAUAACAGAGAACAAUAAUUCCGUCAUGAGUUUCUUUAAAACACUGGUUUCCUCUAACAAAGCUGAAACUAAAACUGAUUCAGAAGACAAGGGAUCGAAAGCUGAGAAGGUCCAUGAUGGACCAACUGGUCAGAAGACGACGGGAGAAGUCCAGGGCAAAGGAGCCAAGAAAAAGAAUCCAGAGAGCCCCAGGCUAGGCUAUGCCUUUAGAAAAUUCUUUAGGCAUAAGUCUUCAAAGGAAACUCAAUCAACAUCAAAUACCAAAGGUGCUGAAAAGUCACCUGCCUCUUCAGCUAAUACAAAAUCAGACAAAGCCACCUCUUCAUCACCUGAGGCCCAAGGAACACAGAAGAAUACUAAAGGCUUGGACUCUUCAGCUCAGCAGCAGAUGACAACAUCCUCUGAAUCAGCAAAGGAGGGAACAAAGGAGAAAUCAGGCCCUACUUCUCUUCCUCUGGGCAAACUGUUUUGGAAAAAGUCAAUUAAAGAGGAAACAGUUCCCAAAGGUGCAGAGGAAAAUCAAAACAAAACCCAAACACAGGAAACAUGUGAAGCACCAAUAGAGGUUGUAAAGUCCGAGGAAAUAGAAGCAUCCUUACAAACAAUAGAGCUGAAUGAAGAAGAAGCUGUAAGUCCUGAGCCUGCCUCCGCCAAGCCCAACACAGAAGAGAGCAAACCACGGAUAACCAACCUGAGGCUGUUUUUCAGACAACUGUCAAUGAGGGAUGUUGAAGACUCCACCAGUACAGAAGAAGUAAAUGGCAAAGACUCUGAUGAUCAAACCUCGAACUCCACAGAAAAGGCUGUCACACCCCCUGACACUGAACCAGCAGGGCCUGGGCAGAAGAACAAGGAGGGUUCAAAGGACAAGAAGCCCACGGCUGACAUGAGCAAGCAGAAAGGAAACAAGCAGGAUGCCAAAGAGCAAGCAAACUCUCCUGAUCAACGUGGAGCCGAGAAGAAUUCCAUGCAGAAUGGAGGUGACUCCAGAGAAAGCCCCCUAAAGAGACUGGAGAAGCGACAGUCUUUGGGAGGCUUCUUUAAAAGCCUUGGACCAAAACGGAUGGCUGAUGCAGAAGUGCAAACAGAUCCCGUGUCUAUCGGGCCAGUUGGGAAAUCUAAGUAAUAAAUACUCACAGAGCUAUGGAAGAAUCCCUGCUCACAAGUUCUCCCACAGUCAAGCUGACUUUUCCCUUCCCCAUGUCCCCUUCCCUCCUUUCCACCACUGCUGUCAUCAAUUGAGACUCCUGCCUAAGGAUAAAAGCAUCAGCGGAUGUACAUUGAGGUGUAUUAUUUAAAUACCUGGUCCUUUAUAUGCCAAUCGAUAUCUGUAAAGGUCAUCAUGAAGCAAAGUGUAUGUAGUAUUAUGACUAAAGAGAGGCCAGUAAUGUUGAUGGGUCCAAGGAGGUGGGGGGUCAGUGGGAAGGUAUCAGGUAUGAAGUUGUAAAAAAGGCAGCCACUGCAAAAAGUCAACUGAAUAAUAAUUAAUAUACACUGAGAGAAUUAAGCUUUUGUAGUCAAUGAGUGCUUGACCUCAAAACUUAAAAGGAACUAUAAAAUCAAGAUUUUUUUCAGUAUGCAUUUCACAGAGGAAACCAUGCAGUUGUAAUCCGUUGAAGGUGGAGGUAUUGCUAGUUUUCUGGAGUUUUCUUGGAUCUAAAGAAAGAAUGAUUGAAAGGUGUUUGUUUUAACUAGGUCCCUGAAAGUUAAAUGAUGAGAUUGUGAAGGGCCUAAAGGGCCUGAAAUGAUUUGGAAAAACAAGGGUAUUGUGUUUUUAUUUUGUUUUGUUUCUUUUUUGGCACAGUUUGGGAACAGAGUCCUUGAGAUAGCAACUUAAAAAAAUGUAAAAAGCUGCAAAGGUAUCAGACAACACCAGGGGGAGCCAGGGUCUCCAUUCUCAAACACUGUGCUACUAACACAGAUUCUGUAUCUGCAGUCUUACAUUAUUAAUGUUUUUCAGAUGCCUGAGAAGCCUUCAUCUGUUUUGUCUGACACUUGUCCAGAGUCUUGUCUGUAAUUUCCUAAUGAAAAAUCUGCAUAUUAUCAAGAUUCUGUCUCUUUUACCCAACUCUUUCCCCUAAUCUGGCUUAAUAAAGUUUACUGAAGAUUCAAA